GAAGAAAUCAUAGAAAAUAUCAUAAACCAAUUAAACAUAAAUCAUAAUAUAUCAACAAGUAUUGCAAAAGAGGCACUUGGUAAUGAAAAUAAAUAUAUUAGAAAAUUUAAAAAACAUCAUAAUCAAAGCAUAGACAAUUAUGUCAAAAAUAAUUAUAGUGAUGACAAUUUGGAAGUUGACAAUAAUUUGGAAGAAAAUACUGAAGCUUUAGAUCAAAAUAAGUAA